UCCUCUCAGGGAUUUUACUUCCUUUCUGGAAAUGAUUUUAGUCUACAACCAUUUUGGAACUUUCUACUUCAGAGUUUCCAUCUGCUGUUUGGACAGCCAUCUGACUGCUUCCAGAGCGUUUCUUCACAUCGCAGAUUCUGCCAUGGGUUGUGGGCUACGAAAGCUGGAAGAGUCUGAUGAUAGUAGCCCUGGCAAAAUAUUUUCUACUCUGAAGAGACCACAAGUAGAAACAAAGACUGAUAUUUCAUAUGAAUACCUUUUGCUGGAUUUUACUUUGGAUAUUGGUUCAUCAAAUCCAGAUGUUAUCAAGAUUCCCUCUCUUCUGGAUCUUAAUUACAAAUUGGAAGCAUACUAUAAGAGAGGAUAUGUUGUUGCCACUAUCCAUCCUACAAUCCUUUCUGUGGGGCAAAGGAAACGAUCUCCACUGAGUUACAUUUAUAGAGUUAUACUAACUAAAAUAAGAUCCAGUAUAAAGAAGUCAGAACAUGGAGAACCAAGGCACUCCAAGCUAGUUGUUGAAGAAUGGUCUGUGAGCAAUCAAACACUUUCCAUUGAUGUUGUGAAAGGACUGUUAGACAAGGUGAAUGAUUUAACCAAGAAAGGAAUGAAGUUUGUAGGAUUUUUAAAUCCACUCAGUACCCAGUCAAAGGCCUGCAAUGGUACAAAAUUAUCAAGAGAACUAGUUGCAGAUUUGGGACAGGAUGUUGACUUUAAAUUGCCAGAUCAACGAAAGCAAAAUCCUGAUAACCAUAUAAAAUGCAGUGAGGAGAUUUUUAACAAAAAGCCAAUGGAAUUUGCAAUGGAAAAAGAACAUUCUUGCAAUAAAGUCACUGAUGUUUUAGAGAAUGGGCCAGCUCCAGAGAAGGAUCUUUUGCAUGGAAGAGAGAAAAGGAUUGGAAAUGAAACCUGUCCUUGCAGUCAACCAAAGGAAGAUUUCAAACUAUUUGCUGUCUUCAAUGUUUCUGAUGAAGACUUCAGUGAACGGUCCUACCAUGAAGGCAAUGUAUCACUCAGAGUAGCAAGGAAGGGCCAAACCAUUUGUACCCUGGAAGCAGAUUGGUUGGAAAUCACAACAUCUUAUUAUAAAAGUGGAAUGUCAUUGGUUGAUUCAUUCGUAGUUUGGGAAACAAUGAAAGGAGACUAUUUGUCUAAGUCUGUGGAUGGAAUGUUUAUUUAUGAAGAACAUCAUUUGGGGUCUUUUGAGUCAAGCAAGAUACCAAAUGAUGCAAUUGUUGUUGAACAAUGGACCGUCAUUGAGGGUUGUGAAGUAAAGACUGACUAUGGUCCUUUGCUGCAUACACUGGCAGAGUUUGGGUGGCUGGUUACUUGCGUGCUAGCCACACCUAUUAUUCGCCAUGACAGUGAAGGGAAUUUAGCAACAAAACAAGUGAUAUUCUUGCAGAGACCAGCCAUAACCUACAAUGAUCUGCAUCUGGAAACAUUGGAGAAAAGAUCUACUCGGCAAACAAAAGUCAGUGAAAGAACCAAAAAUUGGAACAGAAAUGUGGGUGUGAUCACUGGUAAAAAUAAACAUUCAGAAACAAAGUCUCCUGAAGAUUCUUGUACCACUUCAGGGACCAACUCACAUCAAUAUGGAGACAUUUCAGGCAUGAAUCGUACUGAUAGUGUUUUCAAAGACUUGGAUGAUGGGCAACUGGAUCAAGAGGAAGAAACACCUCAGGUUACCUGCAUUUAACAUUGCACAGUUCAGUUUCGUAUUGAAGACAACAGUAUAAAGAAAGAAAAGCAGAUUUUCUACAGUUUAACUUGAUUGGUAGUAACUAAUGGCUUUGCAAAGUUGUGACUUUUGAUUUUGUUCUGUACAAAAGUGUGCUGUUGUUAAAAUUUUUCUCUAAUCCUACAGGAAAAAAAAGCAUUAACAAAUACUUCAGUUCUCAGGAUUUAUGCUAACAGAUCCAGGCUUCCUUAACAAAGCAGAACUGUUGAUUACAAUUUGCUAUCAGAAAGAGCUUCACCUGAUGAUUUAAAAUUACUUUGAACUUACUUAGGAAAGCCAUUCAUAGGAAAGAACAUAUCCAGAUAUUUAUAUUUACUUUUAACUUUUCAAGUAAUAUCUUUCUUAUUUUUUCCAUUUGUAUGAUUAUGUGCUAAUUUUUUAAAAAUCAUGUUGUUACUUCUUUCCUGUCAUUUUCCUUUGCAUACUCUUGGGAUCAUGCUUUGCAGUCAACUUGUUCAAGAAAAGCUCUUGGAAGACUGCUAUCUCUGCAUGGUUAAAAGGAAUCAUUCUUGAGGAAUGUUCAGCUAAAGUAAUGUUAGUUGUCCUGCUUGAACUGUAGGAAAAUAUAACUACUAUAUCUGUUUCGUUGGCAUCAGCUAUUUUCAUUCUUUAUGGGAUUUGGACAUCACAGGCACUGCCAGUGCUUAUAGGCCAACCGUAAUUAGCCUAGAGAAGAUGAUGGCUUGUUGGCUUCUUGAACUGCUGCAGGACAGGUGAUGAAAGUCUUCUCAUUGAUUUUUUUUGUAGAGAAUUCCAGGACGUUGACCUGACAAUAGUGAAAAAAAAGCAGUAAAUUUCUGAGUCAUUGUGGUCUUACAGUUGAUACUUGUUCACGGGUGCCUAUUACUUUUAUCCUUCUAAAUGCUAAAGAUCACAGAUUUGGAAAGUCUCAAAGUAUCCUUGGGGAGUUGCUGCAGUGUAACUGCAAGCAUGAUGUACAUGUUAUGAAGGCAUUACCAACCUCAUUGACUGCUUUGUCCCAGAUAGAGCCGAGCUGCUUGAAUAUUUUUGUAACUGCAUUCAUUCGGGAAAAGUAGAAUAUUUCAUAGCAUUCCUGUUUUGUUCUUGAUGGAAAGCGUAUUUAAAAACAACCAGAGAGUAAGUUAGUCCAGCAGCCAUAGUAUUUAUGUGGCUGGUCCAUUUUGGUUUCUGGUGAAUGGUGACUCCGAAGUGGAGUUUUGAUAGUAAUGAUGCCAGUGAAUCUCCAGGGAAGGUGGUUAAGACUUCGUCUUGUUGAAAAUGGCCAUUGUCUGGCACAGAUGUUACUUUCCACUUAGCAGGACGAGUGUAAAUAUUGCCCAGGUCUUCUCGAAUUCAGGCAUAGACUUUCAUUGUGGAGGAGUUGCAAAUGAAACUAAACACUGAAGCUAAACUUAUUGUUGGGAUUGUUAAUUUGUAAUAAUACACUGAAAGUUAUUUAAUGAGAAUCAGUCUGGUAGUGGGAUCAAUACAAAAUUCUCUCAAUUAUCAUAUUUAUUUCUUCAGCUCAUCAAGAGAAUAAAUCAUGAUAGAAAGGAAUGAUGCACUAUUGUAUCAACUUAUGCACAGAGUACAAUUUCAUUUCAGGUACUCGACUAUAUCAUGCCCUCAUUUUGGAUUACAAAGGAACUUUUCACUCAUGAUUCCACACAAUGUUUCAUAAUCAUAAUCUAAUUUAAAGAAAGAAAUUGAUUCAUUGCAUUGGCUAGGGCAAUCAUUUCAUUGUCAUUUCUGGAUAUACCACAUGGUUUAGUACCACAUCAGAACUAAUUACAUGACGCUUAAGUAGGAGCCAUCCUCUUGUUGCAUUUCCACCAGUUAACUAACUUUUUAGAAUAAUAAUUGAAAAGUGUUCUUAGAUCAAUCAGGGUUCGCAAAUCUGUUUUGCUUAUGAAGGCCCCCUCCAAUGGUAGUAAAACAACCUAUAGAUCCCCUUAAUGCAAAUAUUUUUGUAUAAACGUUAGUUCCAAAUUAUACAUAUGAAUUUAUCAAUUUUGUUUUAAUUGCCUAAUAUUACUUCUUUUUAUUGAGGUUUUUUCAGAUUUGUCUGGGACCUCCCUUUGCUGUAUCCGCUUCCAUCCGCACCAACCAUAUAUCUUUAGCUUCCUCCAGUCCCUACAAUCUGCGAGGUCUUUGCACGUCUCCAAUUCUAGCUUCUUGCACAUGCCGGAUUCUCAGCACUUCACCAUGAUUUCCAUAACUUUGGCUGGUUAGUCCCAAAGCUCUGGAAUUCCUUCUCUGAGCCUGUCCAACCCUUUAGCCUUCUCUCUUCCCUUAAAUUGCUCCUUAAUACCAACCAUUUUGAUUAAUUAUCAAUAUCUCCUUAUAUGAUUUGAUGUUAAAUUUUGUUUGAUACCACUAAUGUGCUGCACCUUCGACAUUUUAAAGGUGCUGUAUAAAUGCAAGCCAUUGUUACUGAGGAUGAGUAUUCCUGUGAUUGUGCGGAUUGUGCAAGAGAAGAUUAGUUUUGUUACGGUAACCAUGCUGUCCCAAAAUAGAUAAAAUGAUCUUUCUAAGACACCGAUGAAGCAUUAGUUAUUUUGCAAAUGUAUUAGGUUUCUCUGUAAUUGACAAUAUUACAAAACCUACCCUAAGAAAUGACAGCAUCUAUUUUUGUUACAUUUGUUUCUGCAGCUGAAACAUUUUCCUCAGCAUAUUACAGAUUCACUUGAAUUUCGCCAAGAUCUCCCUCUGUUUUCCACUUAUACCCUGAGAUCGCUGAUCCUCACUGCUUUCUCUCUGUGAGAUUUGGAUGACUAAGUUCCAAGUUUUACUAGCUCCCAGCUGGAGGGCUGGGACACAGGUGUAGGAUCUAUUAAAUUACAGAUAGCCAUGUCAGAAUGGCUCCCCAAUGAAAUACUGCUCCUGGGAGUUGAUAUGUUUUCCCAAAGGCCACAUGUUUAAUGUAGAUGGAUCUGCUACAGCAACUGCAAGAAAGGGGCAGUUGAGCCAGAGGCCCUGUGGCUCAGAGAGGAGGCUGUGAGCAGUAAAGGCAGGAGGGGCAUCUCCUCUCCGACCUAUCACCUUCACCCCCACCUCCAUCCAUCUCUUGCACUCUCAGCUACCUCCUCCCCAGCCCC